AUGGUUGCCGCGCGAUUAGGAAACCCCCCCACCCCACCCACCCCGAAGCUGCAACCAGUGCUCGGCACGCUCUCUCUGUGCUCGGCUCGCUUUCGUCUCUGUUCCGCCAUGGCUGGCCAUGGCGCCGGCCUUUCAGACGACGAGGGUGACGCCGAUGUAGACGACGCAGAUAGCAUCGCCAUAGAAGAAGCCCGUACUGGGCUAUAUCUUCUGCUAAGAUCUUUAGGCCGCCAACUACCACCUCCAGCGCCCACUGCACCCGGUCCGGUUCCUACAGUGGCGGGUAACCCGAACGUGCCUUCCAGCCCGGAUUCCAUCCGGUCCGUCCCUCCCGCGCCGCCCGGUGUUUCCGACACCGUUCACAUCGGCACAUCGGCGUCGAAGUCGUCAGUACCGCGCACAAUCAAGCUUAAGCAACAGAAACUGAGCUUCUGGAAGCCAUCAUCCAACGUCCCCGUAUCUGAAGCUGUUGUCAACGAAGCCACCGUGCGCCCGUCUCUGGACAUCAACGUUCAGGAGAUUGUUGAUGCGAUUUUUGCCGAGGCACUGGAUAAGUACAAAACCCUGGAGGGCUGCGGCAUCACUCCCAGUCACCUUGGACGGGGCAGCAGCAGCUCGCUGCGCUGCUGCAGCACCAGACCCCUUGGCGACUCCGCCACCUCCCAUACGGGCGGCAGAGCUCUGGAUGUGAGCAGCGGUUGCGUGAGAGAUGCCUCCGCCAUGGCUUCCCCCGCUGUGGCUACCGCCACCGUGACUUCCCCCGCCGUGGCUUCCCCCACCAUGGCUUCCGCCUCCGCCACUCUUUCCUCCGCCUCCGCCGUGACCGCCUCCGCCUCCCUUUCCUCCGCCACUGCCUCCACCGCCUCCCUUAGUCAUGAUGCCGGGAUGUAG